AUGCAGCUCCUCGCUUUCCUCACACUCGGCGCCCUUGCCGCAGCCUCGCCCUUCUCCCGCUCGUACACCCUGAACUUUCGUCAGACCAAUGCCACCGGCAUCGAAGAAUGCGGCAAUGCUGGCUACAGACCCUCUGAGUACACCUGCUUCGAUGGAAAGUUGUGUCCCAUCAACAACGGCAGGCCAACUCAGCCCUGCGGUGACCACUGCUACGAUCCCAGCCAGUACAACUGCCAGAACGGCACUCUUUACUCGGGCAUAUUCUUCAACGGCACUGCUACUAGCUCGACCGGAGUGUCAGGCACUGCGUUCCCUACCGCCACCGGAGCGUUUCCGACAGCGACUGGUGCGUCUUUCAGACUGCAUUAA